AUGGCCACCACCACAGAGACGGUCCCCGCGGGCAUGAAGAAGGUCCAUUUCUCUAGCUAUGAAGGCAUGACAUACAGGCUAGUAUCAACCAGCCCGCCACGUGAUUGCACCCCAGACGAAAUUCCUAUCAUCGACCUGGGCAGGAUACACGGCAAUCUCGAGGCCCGUAAGGCCCUUGCCAGCGAGAUACUGAACGCUGCAAAGACGAGCGGGUUCUUCUAUAUCAAGAACCAUGGUAUCCCAGAGAACGUAACGGAGGCCGCUCACCAAAAGGGCAAGGAAUUCUUUAAGCUGCCAGAGCAGCAGAAACGCAAGUUGACCUCAAACACAUCUGCGUAUGGCUACUGUGGGUUUCGAGAAAUCCACGCAAACCCGAAUGAUACCAAAGAUAGAAAAGAGGCCUUCAUGUUCCACUACGAACCCGAGUUCGACCCGUUGUACGAGGGCCGCUUGGACCAAGUUCCCGCCCAUGUUCGCAAGCAUCUUCCGAAAGAGGAUUUUCUCUGGACCGACUCUGGCAAUGAUGCCGUUCUUCCGGGAUUCAAAUCCGCUCUUCUUUCGCACUGGUGUGCCUGCCUAGCCUUGUGCCGACAUCUUAUUCAAGUCAUCGCACUUGGCCUGGGCCUCCCCGAGGAUCACUUCGACUCUAUGACGACCUACCCAGGUGGGGACUUCGCUGUGAACUUCUAUCCCGGCCACGGCGACGAUCCCGUCGAGGACCCGGACGAAGUCGGCGUCGGGGCGCAUACAGACCUCCAAAUCCUGACUCUGCUUUGGCAAGAUCAACACAAGGGCCUUCAAGUCCUCAACAACUCAGGGGAGUGGAUGUGGGCGCCGCCAGUGCCCGGUACCUUUGUCGUCAACAUUGGCGACUUUCUCAUGCGACUGACAAAUGAUCGACUCAAGUCGACGGUACAUCGCGUGUUGCAACAUGGCAGAGAGGAUAGGAUCUCGAUGCCUUUCUUUUUUGGAUUUAACUUUGACCACAAAAUUGGUGUACUACCGACGUGUGUAGAUCAAAACCACCCAGCCAAGUAUAAACCUGUUACAUGCGGCGAGGUAAGCCGAAUGCCGAACCCGAGCUGA